UCACCAGUGAUGAUCAUGUCAUCAACAUAGAGAAGGAGCAGAGUCCGACCACGAGGAGACGUGUGAACAAACAACGCGGGAUCAUGAUCACUGGGCAAGAAACCAGCGGCAGUCACCACAGAGGUGAAACGCUCGAACCAGGCGCGAGGGGCCUAUUUAAGACCAUAGAGGGAGCGGCGAAGUCUACAGACCAUACCAUCAGGAGCAUAGUACCCCGGUGGUUGCUGCAUAUAAACCUCCACACGCAACUCACCAUUGAGAAAGGCGUCCUGGACAUCAAGUUGAGAGAUAGACCAAUGACGAACAGAAGCCACAACAAGGAGAGUGCGGACAAUGGUCAUGUGGGCCACAGGAGCAAAUGUCUCAUCAUAAUUGGGUCCCUGCUCCUGCUGAAAGCCAUUGGCCACAUGUCGAGCUUUGUAGCGCUCAAGAGAACCAUCGGAGCGAGUCUUAAUCUUGUAUACCCACUUGCAGGUGAUGGGACGAACACUGGAAGGAAGGGAAACCAGAUCCCAUGUGCCAGAGCGCUCAAGGGAAGCAAGCUCUUCGGCCAUCGCAAGCUGCCAUUCAGGCUGAGUCAUGGCAGUCCGAUCGGAAGUGGGCUCAGCAAUAACAGAGAGGCCGUACCGAUCAGGAGAAUAGCGAUCAGGCGGGGGGCGAGGCCGAGCACGGAGGUUAUGAACCGGGGGAGGCGUGAAGGGAGACGCACCAGAGGUGGAAGACGCAUCAGGGGAAGCAUCCUCAAUACGAGGGCGGCGAGUAUAGUGAAGAGGAAACGGUGAGAAAGGGUGACGGACUGGAGAUGAUGAGAGGUGGAGGAGGAGGAUGGGGAAGAGGGUGUCGGUGGUGAAUGAGAAUGAAAGAGAGGUGCCGGAGGAAGGGGUGAAACAUGAGGCACAUAGCAGGGUGUAUCGGGAAGGAGAAGAAAAGAAAUAUCGUCCACAGAGAAGCUCGAGGAAGAAGGACGUGGGUAGUAAGAACGAGACUCGUCAAAAGUCACAUCAUGCGAGAUGCGCAAGCGACGACCAACAGGAUCCCAACAGCGAUAGCCCUUGUGCUCAACACUGUAGCCAACAAAAACACACUCAACCGACUGAGCAGUCAGUUUGGUGCGUUCUCUCGGGGCAAGAAGGACAUAGCACACACAUCCAAACAUACGAAGAGCUGAGUAGUCAGGAGAACGACCAGUGAGACACUCCAUAGGAAUACCACCCUGCAGAGCAGUCGAUGGCUGAAUGAUGAUGAGAUAGGUGGAUGCAGAAACAACCUCGGCCCAAAAGUGGGGUGGAAGGGAAGCGACAAUCAUUAGCGCACAAGCCGUCUCAAGCAGAUGACGAUGCUUACGUUCUGCAACGCCAUUCUGAGCAUGAGCACCAGAACAUGAGAACUGGGCAAGAGUACCCUGUUCCGCGAGAAAACCAUGCAAUAGCUGGGAGAUAUACUCUCCAACAGAGUUAGCACGAAAAGUACGAAUAGAUGUGGAAAACUGGGUGUGAACCAUGGCAGCAAAUCGUUUGUAUAUAGAGAGAACCUCGCUACGAGAUUUCAUGAAGUAGAGCCAAGUGUAGCGAGAGAAAUCAUCAAUAAACAAAACAUAGUAGCGAUGACCACCUUUCGAAUCAAAGGGAGCAGGACCCCAGACAUUAGAAUGAACUAAGUCAAAAGGACGCUGAGAUACCGACUGACUAGUAGGAUAAGGUAACUGGGUCUGUUUGCCAAGUCUACAACCAUUACAAUGUAAAGAAACAUCUCCAGAUACAGACCCUAAGAGGCCCUGACGCACUAAUGAUGACAAGCGAGAGCCACAUAUGUGACCAAGGCGAUGAUGCCACUGCUGGAAGGACGCAAACGAAGAGGCAGCAAGAGCAUGAGAGCUGGCAGAAGUGGUGGCAGCGGAAGGAACACAAAGCCAGUCAACCUCCCAAAGGCCCUCUAACUCACGGCGCCGGGGGCCAGCACCAACCAAAACCUUGGUGCGACGAUCCUGAAUGGAGCAAGAGUCGGUAUCAAGAAUGACAUGACAACCAGAAUCAGUAAGUUGGGCAGUGGAAAAAAGAUCUCAUGGUAAGGCGAGGAACAUGUGAAACAUUAGGAACAGAAAAGGAUGGAGUGGAAAGAAUACCACGACUAGCAACAGGAAGAGAUGUGCCAUCGGCAAUAAGAACAUUAAUAGGAAAAUCAAGAGGGCGAAGAGAAGACAAAGCUGAAGAAUCAGAGGAUAUAUGAAAGGAAGCUCCAGAGUCCAGAACCCACGAAGAUGUACCUGACGGUGUAGAUGCCCGCGGUGAUGAAGUGGUGAAAGCAGUCACAGCAGCCGCAGAACCCAUCGAUGAAGAACCGGAGGAAGCUAGAAGGCGCUUGAGCCGCACAAUGUCCUAGUCAAUGAGUGACGGAGUAGAUGACGACACAAGAGUACCACUGGAAGAGGAGCGCCUCUGGUUUCGCUGCUUCCGGCCACAAUCAGACUCUGGGUGACCUGGCCUGGAGCAGUAGUCAGAGAAGGUGUCACGGUGCGACCGUCCCUUCUCAACAUAUGGAGGGCGACCCACCCCCCUGAAGGUGUGGGCAGGAGCGGUGGAGCAGUGGGACGAGCAGACGACACAGGAGCUCAGGCAGCCAACACAAAAGGAACCGCAAGCAACCCAGCAGAACGAAGGAGGGUCUCCUUAGCACGAAGCUCAGCAAGUACCUCCGAGAUAGGAACACGGCAACGAGCAAGCAAGUGAGCACGUCGAGGCUCAAAGUCGGAGCAGAGGCGAGAUAAGAACUCAUGGACACGCUGAAACUCCAAGUCGGACCGCAUAGUCUGACAGCAGCGGCAAGAUCCACAAACAACUGUCCGAAGAGAGUCAAGCUGGCGCCAAAUGACAGAACUCUGUGUGUAGAACUCUUCAAUAGAUGAGUCACCCUGCUGAAGAGCGUGCUCCUGACGCACCACAGAUAAGUAAAAAGCAUCACCAGAGGGCUGAUAGCGUUGACAGAGAUAAGACCACAUCGCUGCAGCUGUGCCGAGGCCCAUGAACUCCGAAGCAAACUGAUGGAGGACACUCACAGUGAGAACAGCAGCAGCACAGGCAUCAUCAUUGCACCACUGAGUGUAAGCAGACAGAUCAUCCCGGUAGACAGAAAGAGCAUCUGAAUAGGCAGAUACCUGCUGUUCAUAAGCAUCAACCGCACCAUCAUUGAGCGCCUUGGCUGCAUCUCGAUCAGCCUGAGAAGCAUCAGCAGCAAGGACCGGCGACACCGGCGGGGUAGGAGCCACAGGAGCAACAGGGCAUGGCGGACAGGGGACCUCGCAAGAGAGAACACCCCACAGAAGAAGACCGCGCAUAUGGAUACGCAUGAACCCUGCAAACUCUGCAUAGUUGGUGCCAUCGAAGAUCACCGAGCACCGAGGGACCGCGACAUAGCCCGAAGAGGACAUGAGGAAGUCUCUCUGCUGCUUCUGCCCUUUUUUUUGGUCAACAGACAGAAGACCCGAUCUGGAUCGGGGCAGACGCUCCACCCUCGAGCGAGCGCUAGCGGGAAGCAGCCGGGGGAAGCAUCUGAGCGGGGGCUACGGUGGUAGCGGCCAGCCUGACGAGCCAAGGAGAAGCAGCGGAGGCUGGACGAGCGACUGGGGAGGCCGGGAGGAGCUGCGGCCGUAUGAGCUGUUGGGGAGGUCAGGAGGAGCUGCAGCCAGAUGGGCCUCGGCGGCAGAUGGAGAGGCCGGGGGCGGUGACGGCCGGACGGGCCCCGGCGACGGCAGGGCGAGCCCCGGCAGCGGCUGCAACAUCCGAACGGGAGCGGAGGUGGCUAGAGCGUCCAGACGGUGAGGAGCUGAGAGGAGGCAGAAGCUGGAUGUGGAGAGGCAAGGGAGCAGGCGGCCGGCGACGGUCGGAGACAGCAGGCGGCGGGCAGGCUAGGUACGGAGUGCACGGAGUUGCAGCGUGCGGGAGGAAGUGGCUAGCCUGGCAUCUGAUACCAUGUUGGAUAAUGAGCAAUUGGCAUUCACUGAGGGCCAAAGGCCAAUACAUAUACAUGUGCGAUAAAGUGCAGGAAACCCCUUAUACAAUAGAGAUAUACAGAAAAGGGACUAUACACAUCUAACAGGCUUAUCUCCUCACUAUUGAAUUCAUGCUCCGGUCAGUUCAUCCAAAAGUCCGAACUGAUGUAGAGAGGCAGGCAAUAUAUUUCAACACUCCCCCUUGUUGCAGUGUAUAUGUGGAUUGCCUAGCCCUUUCCAUCAGUUUGGACUUUUGGUUGUGUUGGUUAGUGCAUGAAGCUUAACAUGGAUCAGAGCUAAGGUCUUGAGUUCAAGUCCUGACUUUCGCAAUUUAUCCAAAAAUUGUUGCUGCCCCCAUUUGUGUCCACAUAUAGGCCUCUUGAUCCAUACCUCUGAGUCUAUCCACGUGUUGACUUCCCGCGUCACAUGUGAGACGAGGUGUUAAAGUGUAUAUGUGGAUUGCCUAGCCCUUUCCACCAGUUCGGACUUUUGGUUGCGUUGGCUAGCGCAUGAAGCUUAACACCCCUCACGUCUAGGCUAUUUUAGUCCUUAGACGUGGGAUCAAUGGCUGCAGAAUAUUUUUUAUUUAAUACUGUGUUGGCAGAGUCUUGAACUCAAGAUCUCUUGGCUCUGAUACCAUUUGAAUUCAUGCUCCAGCCAGUUCAUUCAAAAGUCCGAACUGAUGUAGAGAGGCAGGCAAUAUAUUUCAACACUCACAGGCUGCUCCUUCACGCACUUGGUGUGGCAGGGAAUCAGACUAUGGAGACAAGGUGCUUUCCUAGGUCCGAUUGACGGCUCGACCUCCCGAGGCAGGGGAUGCCUUCGUGGACUGGUGGCUGGCUACUUGCCUCUCACUCCAGACCUCGGCCCGAAAGGGCACAUACUGCCAUCAUGCUGGUGGCUUGGUGCAUCUAGAAGCACCACAAUGCAGUCAUCUUCAUCAGCGCCCAACUCAUCCUAUCUAGCCUUCUUGACACAAUUAGGAUGGAAGCCAGACAUUGGGUGAUGGUGGGCGCGAGCGGCCUAGCUGCAUUGCUCUCGACUGUUUAUACGGCUGGUGUUUAGUGGUGUUGUGUUGUAACAACGGGUGUGCUCGUCUGUUUUCCUGUAUAAACUCUUCUUCUAUCAAUGAAUCCAAAGACAAGGCUUUUGUGCUUUCUCGAAGAACCCCCCCCCCCCCUUCUCAGUGCCACACUUUUUGAAUAGACAAUGUAUCACUGCCUUAGUUACACAGUGGCGGAGACAGUGGGACCAGCAGCCCCCCCCCCCCCCAACAUCAAUGAUUUACUACUACUAAUUUUCUUAUAACAGUACAUGUUUAGUGAUCAUUUGCUGCUAAAAGCUCAUUUUUUCAGUGUUUGGCCCUCCCCAACCUUAGCCUCAGUCCUCCUCCCCCCCCCCCCCAAAUCAAAUUUUUUCUGGCUCUGCCUCUAGGGUUAGACAUUUGACACAUGGGACUCAAGUUCUAAUAAACUACUGCUCUAAAUUUUAGUCAUUAUCUCAUCAUUUAUGUUCCAUCACAACUGAUUAUGUGUAUGAAGGCUGAUCGGUGCUUACUAUUGAUUACCUUUGGCAUUUCGCAGAUAAUGUAGGUUCUAAAUUUUGUUGGGAGAGGCUUAGGAGGUGGUAGAAAGCUAUUGAUGUCAUGAUGGAGUAAACAAUAUCCUACUAAAAGUAUCUGCCCAAAUUGGCUAUGCAAAUCGAUAGACAUACGAAGUUCUGGGUGUCAAGCCGGGGGUUAUAAAUAGAAGCUAGGUGCACUGCGCAUAGCUUUCUGAUUUCUAUACACAUAUGGCUAAACAAAAUGUGAAUACUUUGUUCAGUUGUUUCAUAGUUUGCCACUCUGCAGAUGGUAUAUUCACAUAUUGUAUUGUGUAUGUAUAAGUGAAUAUUGAAUGUCAUCUUUUUGCGGGGGAAUAUUGAAUGACAUUUACGGCAUGCUUAAUUCAUAUAA